AUGAACAAUCAAUAUGUCCGGCGGGAAAUCUUUUGCUGUGAAACUUGUCAUGAGCUCAAAAGCUUCUGGGAAAAAGAAAUUAGCAAACAGACUUGCUACUGGGAACUGGAGCAGAAGCGUCAGGGGAGAAGUGCCCUGAGAAAGCUCAGAGAAGAAUGGAAACAGAGACUAGAGAAAAGAUUGAUGAUGUUGGACAACCCUGAUGAGAAGGGAAAGCAGACAGACACCAUAGCAUCCUCCUCGAAUAAAAAACUAACACCAAAGUUAAAUUGA